AUGGCUUCAGCUCGAAAUCUUUGUCAACAUGCGGAUAUAGAUGGAAAUCAAUGUACAUCAAACGAUUAUAUACUUUGUCCACAUUGUCAAUUACAAUUGUGUCUUAAACAUUUAAAUUACCAUCAAGAUUUACUUCGUUCUGAAUUAUAUACUCUAUGUAAUGACAUAGACCAUGCUCGUAUGGAUUUAGAUAAUUUAUUAUUUGAUUCUACUAAUCAUCGUGAAUAUUUAUUUAAACGAUUAGAUGAAUGGUAUAAUCAACAAAUAAAUUUAGUUAAUAAAAUUUAUAGUGAAAAAAAACAACAAAUUCAAAUUUUAUGCUUACAAUCAGAUAUGGAAUUUGAUACAUAUAAAAAUGAACAAGAAAAACAAUUGAAAGAUAAUUUAAUGAAACAAUUAAAUAAAGUAUUAAGACAAAAACAAAUACAUAUGGAUGAUUUAAAAGAAAUGAGAUGUAAAUUAGAUAAUAUACAACGUGGUUUAGAUGAACUUAAACAAUUAAAUAUUGAUAUUCAUUCUAAUAAUACAUAUUUUGAUAUUAAUAUUGUCAAAAAACGUUAUAUUGAAGCGGCUAAGUCAUUGUUUAAUGAUGAUGAUAAUAAUCUAUGGGAGAGCGACAAUGAAGACGAACAAGAAGAAGAAGAAAACAUAAGAUCAUCAAGUGAUCAUCACAUUCUCGAAGAAAUAUCCAAUUGUAAACAAAAAUCAUCGUCAUCUUCUAUUAGUCACCUCCCAUCCCUAGCUACUCCAUUAUCUUCAUCACCAACAAUUGUUAUGAAAAAACCACCAUUAAAACUCGUUAUCAAACGGUUGCAACAUCCAGCAAUAUCUACUGAAAUCAAAUACAAAUUACAUACAGUAAAUACGUCACUACCGGUUACUACCUAA